AUGAAAUCCCUGGAGCCAGUCAAGAGCGAAGGAGCAUCACAGAUGGAUGUAAACCCGCCAGUCGAUCAACAAGCUGCGACUUCCUUGCCGAGAGACGUCCCACUUGGAUCUACCACCGUUGAAAUGCAGCAAGAUGCUUCGUCUGAGACCCGAGUUUACACGGUCUGGGCAAGCGACGUCCACAACGAAGCCCAGGUCAAUGAGACGCGCACUUGGCUCAAGAGCCUUGUCAAAGACAAAGACAGGAUGCGUGACGAGCUGGGAUGGACAUGGGACACCUACGAAGAUUUCCCCAGAGAAGAGUGGGACAAGCUGGCCGAUGAAGGCAGGUUAGAAGAGGAGUUCGACAAUUACGAAGUGGUGCGUUGCUGGUCAGGCGUGGUCUUGGACCAGGCUGGAUACGAGAAGGUCGCAGCCAAAACGGAAUGGCAAGUCAUGGCUGUACAAAAGGCAAUUGCAGCUAAUCUACACACUUCGGACAUGAACGCACGUGCACUCUCGACGAAGACAUAUACCGUCUACGCAGCCGACAUCAGGAACGAGGCCCAAGUCAACGAAACUCGGGUUUGGCUUGAAGGUUUGACCAAGGACAAGUCUAAGAUGCGCGAGGACAAGAGGUUUCCCUGGGAUGAGCCCGAAGACAUACCAGAAGACGAACUCGACAGAUUGUACGACGAGGGCAGGCUCGACGCCGAGCUUGACAAUUACGAAGUAGUUUACGCGUGGGGAGGCGUUAUAUUAGACCAGUCAGGGUACGACGAGGUGGUGGCCAAGAAGGAAUGGGUGGAGCAUGUCGAGGAUCCGAGUCAAUACCACGAAGUGAAGAUGAUUGCUGUCCCCAGAAUGAGUGUCAAGACCACGGGAACUCUGGAGGCUCGGAAAUUUCAAUGGGGAGAUUGGCAGAAGCAGGAGGGUGCAGCACGGGACUUGGUCCAAGCCAGCUGUUACGACAAAGACUACGUUUACGAGAAGAGAGCUGGAGAGGGAGUACAUGUGUAUGUUUUGGAUGAUGGAGUACAGGUAGAUGUCAAAAAGGAAACCGGCGAAAAAGUGUUUCCGGGAUUCGACAACGAGCAGGACAAUAGCGGUAUCGUAGAAACAAGAGCUUUCACCAGCCAAAAUGCUGCGCACAACAUUCGAUACGACCAUUCCCCUAAAGGCCACGGAACGAAAGUAGCGUCCAAAAUCGUUGGGCAGUGGGGAACCGCAAAGGGAGCGACACUGGUGCCGGUGCAGGUCAAACCGGGCGGAGACGACAUUCACAACGGGUUCGAAAGGAUUGUUGCAGAUGUAAUCAGACGGCGCAGGAAAAUACCAGGGUUCCAAGCUGUUGUCGUUAUGAGCAGCGGCACAGAACGCGCCGUCGGAGACAAUGGUUACAAGGGCUACACACGAGAAGAAGCAGAGAACGAUUACAGAGCAAAGCAACAGAUUCGCUGGAUAAAGCAGUUAUUCAGUUACGGGGUCCCCGUGGUGCUCGCUUCGGGUAAUGAAGCCGAAACUGAAGGCCGAAAAGUCAUCGACCAUUUCCCCCAGGUCUUGGAGACAGAUGACUUUCCCAUUAUCAACGUCGGGGCUGCCACGCUUGCAGGCAAAGCUGCACCUUUCUCGCAAGGCCUGGGUACCCAGCAAGAUCCAGAGAAGCGCACACAGCUGACUAUCUACGGUGUUGGAGUGGAUGUCGACGUCCACGAUCAAUAUGACGGUGCAGCAACGCAGGAUUCGGGUACGUCGUUCGCUGCACCGGCGGUGGCAGGCAUUAUUGCUACACAUAUGAACUACGAGUCCUGGGACCAGAGCAAGCAAGGACCCGACCGAGAGCGUGCCAAAGAUCCUGACAAGCAAGUCAACAUGAUUUGGAACGGCGCCGACAAAGCAGCCCACGACAGCGUCUCCAACAACCAGUCGCCCAGCCCACCCCCUCAAGCACCAAAGCGCACCUUCACCGUCGGCCUCGAACAAACCACGACCCCAGAAUGCUCCAGCGUCAUCUCUAACCCCGACUUCCCCCCACAUGACAGCUGCAAAUUCAAAUACCAGAACCGAUACUUCUUCUACCGUCGCGACGACGACAACCAAGAACCCGACAGCCUGUGCACUUCUCUGCUCAACGACUUCCACCAAGACGACCAAGGCGCAACGACUGAUGAGAAUCUAUUCGAGCAUCCGACGUGGCCGGCGGGAGAGUGGACGCUGAAUCUUUUCGGCGAGGAAUUUGUCUACAGGAAUGAUGGGCAGAGUCCGGGAGCGCUGUUCAAGGGCGAGCAGCAAAUUAGUUGCGCCGGUGAUCUCGAAAACCAUGAUCCCCUGUCGGAUGAGCUGUGUGAGAACAGUCUGACCAAGCAGGAUGGAAGGAAGAGAAAACGGAGACGGCUGGUUGGUUGCACGUGGUGA